AUGAACUUCACAAAUAACGAGAAAGGAAACUUGUUCACUUUUCAAUCUUCUAGUCCACCAACCCAACAGACCCCUCCUCCUCCUAUAGUUAACCAUAAAGCAAAGUACAAAAGGAACAGCAUUACUAAAAAUCCAGAAGAGGCUAGGCAGAAACGUAUUGAGCUUGAUGCACAGGUUCGAAGAAAACAUCGCGAGCAGCUUAUAACUGCUAAAAGAUUUAAGCAUCACUGGGAUUCUCUUAAAGAAGAUGAUGCUGAAUCUGAAUUUGACUUAUCACAUCAGGACAUAGAAAAGUUGAAGUCUGGUUUAGAUAGCUCCAGCCGCGAUCUACGUCUCUCAAGUCUCAAAGACCUGAGCACAUAUCUUGUAGAUCCUCCCGAUACAUUGAAACUCUUCGUAAUUGACGGAAAUUGCAUCGAAAUCUUGAUUGUGCACAUUGCCGCAGGACCCAAGGAAUUUUGUCAAAAAGCCUUGGCAACAGUUCCAUAUUUAAUCUCUUUUCUCGACGGAGAAAAUAUUCCCUUACAAGAUCAAGCGGCCUGGGUAAUUGGAAAUAUUGCGGUGGAAGAUCCAGAAUGUAGAAAUCUGCUUCGUGCAAACGGAGUACUGUCUCCCUUGAUAAAAUUAUUAGACUCUCAAGAUGUAAAUCUUAUUCAAACGGCAUGUUUUGCUCUUUCAAAUCUCGCGCGUGGUCCAAAUCCUAAACUUGAAGAAUUUUUCUCCGCCGGUAUAACCCAACAUCUUCUACGUCAUCUUAGAACCGAAGAGAUGAGUGAAGUCGUUUCUGAAGUCUGUUGGGUAUUGACUUAUUUGACGAGCUGUGAUGAUAUAUAUGGCCAGGAAUUGUUAAAAGAAGGGUUGGCGCCACUUCUUGCUAAACAUAUGCGUCAUUUAUUGAAUCGCGGUCCGCUGGCAUUACCCCUGAUUCGUACUUUUGGUAAUAUUGCUAGUGGUCCAGAUGAUAAUACAGAUACUCUAAUCAACCAACCGGAUUUCUUGGCUUGCAUGAUUGAAUAUAUUCAAAGUGAUUGCAGUCGUCGUCCGGAUGUUUUGGUCAAAGUAUUUGAUGCUGGAUUUAUUCCAAUCCUUUCGACAAUUGCAACGCACACUAACUUCGAUAUUCGUAAAGAGGCGGCAUAUAGUUUACUUAAUAUCGCUUCACAUGGUGAAGAAUACAUGAAAUCCUUGCCUCAUCAAGAACUAUUACCAGGUUUUUUGGAAUUCAUUCGUUCCCAAGAUGUUGACUUAAUUCGUUUAGGCUUGGGAUAUGUAGAGUUACUAUUGACCCAAUCUCCAGAUGGACAGCAGCUUCUUGAUCGAAUGCAUGGUAUUGAUGCAUUGGAAUCUGUAACAUUAUUAGAAGAUCAAUCAUUACGUAGCGCGGCUAGCCGUUUGAUGGAUCAAUAUUUCGGGGAAGACUUUGUUACUCCUGCAAAUGAAAUGCAACUCGGUCAGGUCGAAGAAAUGGAUUAA